GUAAAGGUAUGAAAUUUUCAAACCAUCGGCCAAUUCAGGCCUUAAAAGAUGGGGACGCGAUAUAAAUACAUUUUUAUAUUUUUAGUUAUAGUACCUAUAGGAAUCUUAGCAGAAAACACUGAACCCGCUCCAGCGCCCGCUGCUACAGCCAGUGCUGUUGCUAUUGCAUCCACAACUGUCGAAAUAAAUCCAUUACCGAGUGGAAAUGGUGAUGCAAAACCAGGGAACGGUACAGAUAAACCUAAAGGGAGUGAAGGGCCGAAUGAUGAUGACUAUUAUGACGACUCCCCGGAGGCACCAUCUGGUGCACAGGCUAGUGCCAUCGCGUCCGCUCAAUCAAGUGGAGGUGGACAAUCCUCAGCUAAUGCAAUAGCACAAGCAUCUACAUCGACAACAAGGAAGAGAAAAAGAAAACAGAAAAAACCUGAAGAGAAGAACAAUGAAGAGGGGCCAACAAAUUCCAACGGUGCUAAUAAGCCUAAUAAUACAGAAAGUCCACAAAAUAACACCAAUUCUUCUAAACCUAUUGAAAAAGACAAUUGUAAUGACACUUCCACAGAUUCUGAUUCAAAAAUGAAUCCUGGGGUUAAUUCUCAUGAUGAACCAGAAAAAAAAAGUGAAGGAGGUGAAAGUAAUAAUUCUGUACAAUCAAAUAAAAAGGCUGAUCAAAAACCUGAAUCUAAAGAAAAUAAGGACAUAAAAGAGACUGGAAAUGAAAAACAAGAAAAAAAGUCAAAUAAACCGAAAACUAGCAAUUAUUCAAAAGAAAUUGAUAAUCCCAAAGAAACCAAAAAACCACGAAAAAACAAAAAAAGUAUGGUUGAAAACAAACACAAAAAUCAACACAAAAAAGAAAAUUCUUCGGAUGAUUCAAGUAUUUCAGACGAUAGAGAUGAACGUGGCAAAUCUCAUGAAAAACGAAGGAAUGAUAAAAAAUAUUCAGAAAACGGAAAAACUAGUAAAAACAAAAGGAAAAAAUAUAAAAAUGACGAGAAACAUAAACGAAGGAGACACAAUUCCAUGGAAAGUUCUUCUAGCGAAGAAAGGGAAGGUUCUAGGUAUAAAAAGCGAAAAUUCCAUAAGCCACAAAAAAGCGACGAAGAUAACAGUAAUUCUUAUGAAAGUUCGGAAUCUUAUGAAAUAUAUGAAAAGAGUGAAAACGAAUCAAAUGGUGAAAGUGAGCCUAGUGCAGAGAGAUAUUCCAGAUAUAGGAAAAGACAUCGCAAACAUAAUAAAUCUGAUGAUUCUAAUGAAGAUGAAUCUGACGACACUAGUAGUUCCGAAGAUAAAAAAAAAUCAAAAAUGUCAAAGAGUCCUCAUAAGCAAAAUAAGAAAACCAGAUCAUCAGAAGAAAACAUUGCACCACACAAAGGGAAUCCCAAAACGUUGAAGCAACCAAGAAUUCACAGAAGAUACAAUAGAUCAAGUAGGUCUGUCUAUUCAGAACCUUUGAAUGAAAGUAGUGCAGAGAGUGAUGAGAAUGAAAUGGAAGAACCAAGUCAGCAAGAAAAAGGCACCCAAUCUAGUAACAGGAAUGAUUCAGAUGAGAUUGAAGAAGGAGGAUCUGAAUCAAAACAUUCUGACGGUACACAUUACUUGAAAAAUAAGCACGGAAAGUCCCAUCGUUCACACAAAAAGAAUAAAUCGGAUAUUCCAAAUCAACGUCGCUCAUCUACUGGAUCUGAAAAUAAUUCAAAAGAAUUAGACAAGACAAGUGCAGAAGAUCAAGAUAAAUCAAGUAAUUCUGUUCAGUCAGACAGCAAGGAAACCCCUGAGAAAACAAGCAGCAUAGAAAAAUCCGAUACACCAUGUAAUAAUGAAGUUCUUCAAGAAAUUGAAGAGCUGAUAGAAGAUGAACGUAAAGAAUGUGAUGAAAAUAAUCACUCAGAAAAUGGAGAUCAAAACAACGAAAGCGGAUCAAAUAAAUCACAAGUAUCUGAAGAAUCAGACAAAAAAGAACCAAAAACCUCGAAAGAAGAUGAAAAUAAAACAACAGAGAACUCUAAAGACUCCAAACAAUCAAAAAGUUCUGAAGAUGACGAAAAUGACUCAAACAUCAUGAUUGACGAAAUCGCCGAAAUGUUUGGGAUUUCUCAUCACAAACAUAAAAAACCAAAUUCACCAAAAAAUGAGAAUAAAUCAUCAGAAAAACCCGACAUAAAUAAGAAUCCUGACGUAAAAGAAAAGCAAUCAGAAAGUUCUGAUGAAAUUAAAGAACCAAAAGGACAUGGUAAAAAUGGUAAGCCUAAAAAACCCAAAGAAGAUGAAUAUUCAGAAGAACCUAAACAAUCUGGAAAAACUAAACAUCCAGAAAAGGAUGGCAAGCCUAAGAAUCCCAGUGAUCACAAACAACCAGAUCAGGGUAAGAACGGAAAACAGGAAAAGCCGAACAAAACGGAAGGUAAAGAUUCCGAUUCCGAUGAAAUGAAAGGAAGGAAGAAACCUAAUAAGAAAGAAUAUCCCAAUAAAGAAAAUAACUCAAAUGAGUCGGAAAUUUCACAAGAAUCCGGCAAGGCUGCAAAAAAAGAAAAGCAUAGUAAGCAAAAGCAUCCUAGUGAACACAAAAACCAUGAGGACAAGAAUAAAUCUGAACAAACCGAAAAUUCUGAUGAAAUUAAAGAACUUCAAGGACACGGUAAGAAGGGUAAACCUAAAAAACCAAAACAAGAACAAAGUUCAGAAGAACCUGAAAAUUCUGAAGAAUCUGGAAAAUCUAAACAUCCAGGAAAGGGUGCAAAGCCUAAGAAUCCCAGUGAUCACAAACAACCAGAUCAUGGUAAGAACGGCAAACAGGAAAAGCCAAACAAAACGGAAGGUAAAGAUUACGAUUCCGAUGAAAUGAAAGGAAGAAAGAAACCUAAUAAGAAAGAACAUCCCCAUAAAGGAGAUGACUCAAAUGAGUCGGACAUUUCACAAGAAUCUGGCAAGGCUGCGAAAAAAGAAAAGCAUAAUAAGCAAAAGCAUCCUAGCGAACACAAAAAACCUGAGGACAAGAAUAAAUCUGAACAAACUGAAAAUUCUGAUGAAAUUAAAGAGCCUAAAGGACACGGUAAAAAGGGUAAGCCCAAAAAACCAAAACAAGAACAAAAUUCAGGAGAACCUGAAAAUUCUGAAGAAUCUGGAAAAUCUAAACAUCCAGGAAAGGGUGGCAAGCCUAAGAAUCCCAGUGAUCACAAACAACCAGAUCAUGGUAAGAACGGCAAACAGGAAAAGCCAAAACAAACGGAAGUUAAAGAUUCCGAUUCCAAUGAAAUGAAGGGAAGGAAGAAACCCAAUAAGAAAGAACAUCCAAAUAAAGGAAAUGACUCGAAUGAGUCGGAAAUUUCACAAGAAUCUGGCAAAGCCGAAAAAAAAGAAAAGCAUAGUAAGCAAAAGCAUCCUAGUGAACACAAAAACCAUGAGGACAAUAAUAAAUCUGAACAAACCGAAAAUUCUGAUGAAAUUAAAGAACCUAAAGGACAUGGUAAAAACGGUAAACCUAAAAAUCAAAAACAAGAACAAAAUUCAGAAGAACCUGAAAAUUCUGAAGAAUCUGGAAAAUCUAAACAUCCAAGAAAGGGCGGAAAGCCUAAGAAUCCCAGUGAUCACAAACAACCAGAUCAUGGUAAGAACGGCAAACAGGAAAAGUCAAACAAAACGAAAGAUAAAGAUUCCGAUUCCGAUGAAAUGAAAGGAAGAAAGAAACCUAAUAAGAAAGAACAUCCCCAUAAAGGAGAUGUCUCAAAUGAGUCGGACAUUUCACAAGAAUCUGGCAAGGCUGCGAAAAAAGAAAAGCAUAAUAAGCAAAAGCAUUCUAAUACAUCUAAACAAUCAGAAAAUUCUGAUGAAAUUAAAGAACCUAAAGGACACGGUAAAAAUGGUGAGCCUAAAAAACCAGACCAAGAAGAAUGUUCAGAAGAAUCUGGAAAAUCUAAAUAUCCUGAAAAGAGUGGCAAGCCUAAACAUCCCAGUGAACACAAACAACCAGAACAGGGUAAGAACGGAAAACAGGAAAAGCCAAACAGAACAGAAGAGAAAGAUUCCGGUACUGAUGAUAUGAAAGGAAGGAAGAAACCUACUAAAAAAGAACAUCCCAAUAAAGGAUAUGACUCAAAUGAGUCAGAAAUUUCACAAGAAUCUGGCAAGGCUGCAAAAAAAGAAAAACAUAAUAAACAAAAGCAUCCUAGUGAACACAAAAAACCUGAGGACAAAAAUAAAUCUGAACAAUCCGAAAAUUCAACUGAAAUUAAGGAACCCAAAGGACACGAUAAAAACGGUAAACCUAAAAAACCAAAACAAGAACAAAAUUCAGAAGAACCUGAAAAAUCUAUAGAAUCUGGAAAAUCUAAACAUCCAGGAAAGGGCGGAAAGCCUAAGAAUCCCAGUGAUCACAAACAACCAGGUCAUGGUAAGAACGGUAAACAGGAAAAGCCAAACAAAACGGACGGGGAAGAUUCCGAUUCUGAUGAAAUACAAGGAAAGAAGAAACCGAAUAAAAAAGAACAUCCCUAUAAAAAAGAUAACUCGGAUGAGUCGGAAAUUUCACAAGAAUCUGGCAAGGCUGCAAAAAAAGGAAAGCAAAACAAUCAAAAGCAUUCUGAUAAAUCUAAACAAUCAGAAAAUUCUGAUGAAAUUAAAGAACCUAAAGGUCACAGUAAAAAUGGUAAGGCUAAAAAACCAGACCAAGAAGAAUCUUCAGAAGAAUCUGGAAAAUCUAAAUAUCCUGAAAAGAGUAGCAAGCCUAAACAUCCCAGUGAACACAAACAACCAGAUCAUAGUAAUCAUGGUAAACAGGAAAAGCCAAACAGAACAGAAGAGAAAGAUUACGAUUCUGAUAAAAUUAAAGGAAGGCAGAAACCUACUAAAAAAGAACAUCAGAAUAAAGAAGAUGACUCGAACGAGUCAGAAAUUUCACAAGAAUCUGGGAAAGCUGCAAAGAAAGGAAAACAGGAUAAACAAAAACAUCCUAAUUCAUCUAAAAAACCUAAAGACAAGAAAAUAUCAGAACAACCUGAAAGUUCGGAUGAAUCCCAAGAACAUGGUAAAAACCGCAAGCCUAAAAAACCAAAACAGGGUGAAAAUUCAGAAAAAAACAUUAAUUCAGAUGAAACUGGAAAAUCUAAACAUCCAGGAAAGGGUGGCAAUCCUAAGCAUCCCAGUGAUCACAAACAACUAGAUAAUGAUAAGAAUAGCAAAGAGGAAAAGCCAAAAAAAACAGGAGGGAAAGAUUCCAAUUCCGAGGUAAUGAAAGGAAGUAAGAAACCUAGUAGAAAAGAACAUCCCAAUAAAGAAGAUGACUCGGACGAGUCAGAAAUUUCAUACAAAUCGGACAAGGCUGCAAAAAAAGAAAAGCAUAGUAAGCAAAAGCAUCCUAGUGAACACAAAAAACCUGAGGACAAGAAUAAAUCUGAACAACCCAAAAAUUCUGAUGAAAUUAAAGAACCUAAAGGACACGGUAAAAAAGAUAAACCCAAAAAACCAAAACAAGAACAAAACUCAGGAGAACCUGAAAAUUCUGAAGAAUCUGGAAAAUCUAAAUAUUCAAAAAUACUAGGUAUUUUCGGACAAAGUAACCCUAAAAAUCCCGAAAAUGGUCAUAAUAAAAAUCCACAAAAGAAUGAAGACUCUAAAAAUAGCGAUGAUGAAACUAGUAAAUUAAAGGAAUCUACGAGUUCUGGGGAGCCUGAUCAAUAUGAAAUGUUCCAGAUACUUAAUAUGCCAGGUUUCUCUGGUAUUCCUCGUGGGAUUGUUCAUGAAAGUAUGAAAUCUAAAACCCCUAAGCCGUCACAAAAAGGUGACUCUCCAAAAGACACCACGAAUCCAGCAAGUAUAUCAAGCAAAUCAAUAAGUUCUGAGGAUUCCGAUGAAUUUAAUAUAGCUGGAAUAUUUAAUAUCCCAGGACAACUAGGAAUUCCCAAUAUAUAUGAACAAGGCUACAUACCUAAAACUCAUAAGCAAAAAAAACCUCAGAACGAUAACAAUUCUGAAAAUGCCAUGAAUCCGGAAAGCAAGUCAGAUGAAUCAAAAAGUUCUGAGGAACCUAAUCAAUUUGAUAUAGUUGGAAUACUCAAUAUUCCUGGAAAAUUAGGAAUUCCCAAUAUAUUGCAACAGGGAAGCCGAAAAAUCCUUGGUUCAAAUAUUCCACACAAAGAUGGUAAUUCAAAAGAUACCGCUAAUUCUGAAAGUAAAUCAGAAGAAUUGAAUAGCUCAGAAAAAUCUGAUAAAUCUCUAGUGUCUGGAAUAUUAAAAAUCCCGGGUCGAGUUGGUGUUCCUAAUCUAUUAGGCAUUGGCAAAAAUAAACAGCCAAAGCCUGGAAAACAACAAUCUACUGGGAAUAAUAGAUCUAAAGAUAAUGUAAAUUCUGAUAGUAAAUCAAAGGAAUCGAAUAGCUCCGAGAAAUCUGAUAAAUCUCUAAUGUCUGGAAUAAUAAAAAUUCCGGGUCGAGUUGGUGUUCCUAAUUUAUUGAGCCAUGCCAAAAAGAAUCGUCAAAAGCCUGGAAAACAACAAUCUACUGGGAAUAAUAGAUCUAAAGAUAAUGUUAAUUCUGAUAGUAAAUCAAAGGAAUCGAAUAGCUCCGAGAAAUCUGAUAAAUCUCUAGUGUCUGGAAUAAUAAAAAUCCCGAGUCGAGUUGGUGUUCCUAAUUUAUUGAGCCAUGCCAAAAAGAAUCGUCAAAAGCCUGGAAAACAACAACCUACUGAGAGUAAUAGUUCUAAAGAUAAUGCUAAUUCCGAAAGUAAAUCACAGGAAUCGAAUAGUUCAGAGAAAUCUGAUAAAUCUCUUGUGGUUGGAAUGUUAAAAAUCCCAGGUCGUGUUGGUGUUCCUAAUUUACUAAGCCAUGGCAAAAAGAAUCGUCAUAAGCCUGAUAAACAGCAACCUACUGAGAACAAUAGUCCUAAAAAACUUGAUAGUUCAGCUAAAAAAGAUACAUCUCAGAAGCUUAAACGAGCUAAAGGAAAUGAAUCAUCACGGAAUAAACAAAAUAAACGAAUGAAAGAUAUUUUCCACAAGCGUUCACCCAAGCGUAGCGUUGACGAAAAAAGAAAAAAACAAGAUGAUUCUAGAUCAAGUUCCAAUUACUCUGAAUCAUCGGAGGGUUCAUUAAAAUUACCUGAAGAUGAAGCGGAUAUAGAUAGUUUGCUGGCAACAUGUGACGCUCUUAUGAAUAAAUACAGACCGAUGAAAAUAAAGUAUAACCGACGAUACCUCGCUGUUCCGGAACUUGAUACGACAUCAACAACUAAGAGAAAACAUCAUUCAAUGUCAGAUUCAAAAUACGCAUCACGACCCCAUCUCUGCCCUUGUCCAGUAAAUAGUAAAGGAAUGAACUAGUAACUAAACGAUGAAGUAACAGUCAACUUUAUCUAUAAGAUAAUUUAUGAAUUGACCCUAGCGAAGUUAAAGGAAUCCGAUAUAUGCAAAUUAUAUUUUAUAUAUAUUUAUUCCAAAUGGUGUUUUG